AUGGACUCAAUUAGCAUUGGCGACGAGGCAAUUGCCUUCGAAAACUUUUUGGUUGCCGGUGACGGCAAAGUCCCGGCAAAGGUUUCCUGUCGAUGGCGAUUUGAGCCGGCAAGGAAGGCACGAUGCUAUUUUCAUAGUCUUGACCUGUUAUUGAGCAUUGCUCCUACCUCAAAUGCCGAGGAUCCUAGCAUCCCGUCUGCCACGGGCACCGCCCUCGAGCACCUUGUCCGCUCAGUUCGAGACUCCACCGACAAAGUCGAGGUGCAAACAAAGGCGACCCUGGUCCCUCGUCCUGGGUUCCUCUGUAGGAGCGAUAUCCUCGACCUGAGAUUGCGGGAUUCCGACUAUGUAGACUCGGUCGUUCGGUUCUCAACUCCCGAAAGUGGCUUUUUACCGAUUCCAGCUCAGGGGCACGACUCUCUUCUGACCCUGUUGCUUUCGUCUCCCGGGGCAUUUAUUUUAAAAAAAUCUCCAAUGUUGACGUUGGAGCUGCUAGAGGAAGAUUUGAACGCCCGAUUGUCUUUUGACUGGAUACUUCCAACUAACAUCCGCGACUCGCUUGUGGUUUACGUUAAACCACCCCGGCGCAAAAUCGCCAUGGUGGGAGGGCGUCCGGCGUUCAACAUCUUGAAAGGGUCAUUUGGCCAUCAAGGAGCAUACGAGGCUACGAAAGCUCUGGACAUCUCUAUGGUUAUCGUUGAUCACCCGGGGCAUUGGCUUCAAGACGGGGCGUAUUCUUACAUACGCGAUGACUUCAUCGCCAUUGAUGUUACCGACGACGCGGGGCUCCCAGGGAGAAUCGCCGAGGUGUUGAGAGGUAAAGGGUUCGACGGCCUCCUCACAUUGUCAGACGAGUUUGUUCUGCCAACUGUAAAAGCGGCAGAAAUAUUAGGCCUCCCUACUGAGCCUACAGCAUCAUAUCUCCAGGCCCAUAACAAGUACGCGGCACAGCAAUUACUCAGCUCUAACAUCCAGAAUUUACUUGUGAACGGUGCAGCACAACUGGAUGACCCUCCUAUAGCCGCGCAGCUCCGGACUUUCCAGUACCCUUUGAUUGUCAAACCAUGCCGAGGCGGCGGUUCUCGAGGCGUUAAGAAAGUCAAGGAUCCUUCAAGUCUCCGUCAAGCGGUACAAACUCUAGAAGAGACUGGAUACUCAAACUACGGGAUUCUAAUUGAAACCUACGUUGAUGGUCCUGAGGUAGAUGCCAACUUCGUUCUCUGGGAAGGGGGCCUCCUCUUCUGUGAGAAAUCGGAUAAUUUCCCAUGCCAAGCAGACGCAACAGACGCUUCAGUUUCCGACAAUUUCGCGGAGACCGUGAUGAUCCUGCCCAGUCGACUGGACCCCAACGAGAUACAGACCAUUAAAUCGUCCCUACAUCAAGGUCUACUUAAGCUGGGAUUCCGCUCCGGCGUCUUUCAUCUCGAAGCCCGGGUGCAAAACUCCUCGAUGCGUUAUCAGGAGACCGACGGCGUCGUCGAGCUUACCCACACAGGGCUGACUACGAGCUGCCAGCCAGAGGUAGUUCUAAUUGAAGUCAAUGCUCGGCCACCUGGUCUGCAGGCCGUUUUUGCGGUUGCCUACACCUUCGGGGUGGACUACAGUGCCCUCCAAAUCCUCCGGGCUCUCGACGAUCGCGAGCGCUUCACUGCUCUAGCGCAACCUUUCGCCAAUAAUGCCCAGUACCACUGUGAGAUCUUCUUUAUUCCUGUCCAUCGCGAAAAUUUUCGAGUUCCCGAAGACUUUUGCGAGCAGGUACUGUACCAACUACCGGCAAUUGCGCCGCACGUGACUCGAGCUGAACGGACUGCGUUGAGGGAGGUAGUGUCACCAGUAGGGGGCACUGGGUUUAUUGCUUAUUUUCUGGUUUGGUCGAGAACUAGCAGAAAGGAAGUGUUGGAGAUAGGUGAACGUAUUCAGGAAGUAUCGAGAAGGGUAUUGGACGAUGAUUAG